AAAAACAUUUACUUUUAUACUUAAGAUAUAAUAAGUAAAAACCACCUUAACCUAAUGAGCAAUGGAAAAACGUCGGUUGGAACGUCGGUAGGGCGCUUGCAAGAUCACCAAUCGAUGGCCAGGACUUUCGUUGGAGUCUCACAGCUAGAAAAUGUGUCCUCGAAUUCUGAGAUUUUUGAGAUGAAUGAAGAAACCGACCUUAAUGGGGUGUCUUAUGGAACGAUGGGGCAAGAUUUAAAGUUCAAAAGUAGAAAAUGGAAUCGCUUUAAUACCGUAUGGAAAAGGAAGGACUUAUUUUACGAGAAGCCGAUGCCACAAACCCGUCAGGAACUGCUCCAAAGUAUUGGAGAGCAAAGAGAGGUCUUGGGUGCUUACUUUCAAAGACUUAAGGAACAGAAGACCGAAACUAAGGCUAUUGCUGCUGCAGCGAUUAAUUCUCCUCCAGUUGCAGCUAUUCCCGUAACUCCUGCGCGUAAUAGCUAUGAUCUGUUUUUCGAAAGCGCCUGCAUCAGUGUCAAAAGUCUUCCCCCGAAACUGGCAGCCGAGGCCAAGAGCCGUAUAUCGCAGAUCAUUACCGAGUUUGAGAUCCGCGCCAUUUCCCAGCAGGAGGAGCUGCAAGCGGCGGCUCAACAAGGGCGCCAGCAUAGACUGGAUGAAGCAGCCGGUGUUGUCUAUGAAUUUCAUCCUUGCCCAUAAAGUAGGUGGGGAGU